AUGCCUAUCACUCCUGUCGCAGUCGCGGUGGUGUUAGGUCUAUUGACACUGCUUUACAUUGUCACGGGAAAAAAGAAGGGAGAAAAUAGACCCCUCCUCAAGCUUCCCCUCAUCGGCGACAUCCAUAGCUCCUCCAUUGAGAAACCCCUUUUAAACUGGGACUCAUGGACGAAGGAAAAUGGCCCCAUUGCAGUGCCGAAGCUCUUUGGGGUCAUACCGAUUGUGGUGUUGAAUUCAUAUGAGGCUGUGACUGAGUUGUUCAGUCGCCGCAGCCAAUGGUACAGCAACCGCCCGCCAUCUGUCAGCAUGGAGAUGAUCACACGGGCUGAGCCUGGAAAGUCGAAGUUUACUCUGAUGCACGACUAUGACGAUCAUCUCAAGUUCCACCACCGCAUCCUGGCGCCUAGUCUCGGCGCUCUUGCCGCCCCACAGUACCACCCCUUAAUGGAGCUUGAGUCCAAACAACUACUAUUUGACCUCACAAAUGCUGCACGGCAGUUCCCUCAAGGAAUCAGCACAGAAACCAUCUAUCCACUGCUUGAGCGCACCCAGUCGAGUGUAAUACUUGCUCUGCAUUAUGGCUUGCGCAUCCCAAGCUUUGAAGAGCCUAUCUUGCAUGAGAUCAUUGAAAUCCAGACUCAAGUGGACCUCUAUAUGCGCCUCUUCCGGCACGGGAGGGACUCAACAGGCUGGAACUCCACCAAGCAAGCCAUCGCUACGGCGAAGAAGUACUCUGAAGACGGCGUUCCGGAUCUCGACCUCGCUUUUACUCUCGCGACAUCCAUCCAGGAAGGUAUGGAGACUUCACCGCGCCAGCUACUGUGGUUGUUCAUUGCAGGGCUGCACGAGCCGUCCUUUAUGGCGCGGGCGCACGCCUUGCUCGACCAGGUUGUCGGGCGCGACCGCCUCCCCCAGUUUUCGGACCGCCCGGGGCUAGCUUACAUCGACGCUAUCAUGCAUGAACUUUUCCGUUGGCGGCCUAUUUCACCGGGAUCCAUUCCCCGCAGGGCGGACCGGGACGACGAGUUCAACGGUGUCAAGAUCAAAAAGGGCGUCACUCUCAUGGCCAAUGCGUGGGCCAUUGGUCGAGAUGAGAAGGUCUUUGACCCUGCCCUGGGACACACUCAGGACUUCGUGCCUGAACGGUGGCUCCGGCGGGAUGCUGACGGGGAGGAAAGGCUGCGAACGGAUCUUCCGUUGCCGGUCUUUGGGCAGGGCCGCCGAAUCUGUCAAGGAAAGAAAGUCGCUACGGAUGGAUCUUUCAUGCAUGUUGCUUGUCUGCUGUGGGCGUUUGAUAUUGAGCCCGCUGAUGGGGAAGAGGUGGAUCCAUGGGCGAUGGUUGUGGCAGGAUUCAUGACAAUGCCGAGGGAGAUUAAAUUUAAACUUCGGCCUAGGGGUGACUGGGUGCUGGAUGUCAUUAACAAAGAGUGGGAGACAGCGGAGAAAAGUCUCGGAAAGGUUAUGGGAACUGGUGUUGAUGUUGAAGACAAAUGA